GUGGGGCGUAAAGAGAACACUCUUUAUUUUCUUCUUUAUUUCUUUCUGUUCUCGCCAUUCGGCAACGAAUGAGCGUAACAGAAAACAACAGUAACUACAGAAAACGUAAACAUUUCUUUGCAAAAACCAAUCAAUUUCGUGAAACUGUGCAUCUCUAAACCCUAAUUCUUCAAUGGACACAUUACCACCUCCACCACCACCACCACCGCCACCACCUAUUUUCCAGUCGAAUUGGAAAGCACUAAUCAAAUCCAGAAAACGAAACUGGCUGGAUCUUCCACGAGAUGUGGUAUUAACCAUUUUCCGAAAGCUCGGAACAAUUGAUACUCUCCAUCGUGCUCACAAUGUUUGCACUACGUGGCGCAAUAUCUCUAAGGAUCCUUUCCUUUAUCACACCAUCGACAUGCCUAAUAUUGGAACUGAUCUUAGCAUGGAUUGGUAUUUGGAGCUUUUAUGCAAUCGCGCCGUUGAUUAUAGCUCCGGUCAAGUAACUGAUAUCAACAUUGAGCAUUUUGGUACUGAUGAUGUUCUCAAUCAUAUUGCUGAUUCUGUAAGUCAUUUGCGACGCCUCCGUCUGGUAGGUUGCUAUGGCGUGACAGAUGAGGGAUUGUGUGAAGUUGCUGAGAAGUUUCCUCAUUUAGAGGAACUUGAUAUAACAAUCAGCAGCUUAUCCGAUACUCCUUUGCAAGCCAUUGGCCGACAUUGCCAUCAAUUGAAAACCUUUAAAUUCAACAUUGAAGGAUUUAGACACCCACACAUGGAAUAUGAUGAUGAGGCAUUUGCUAUUGCGAAAACCAUGCCUGGGUUACGCCAUCUCCAGCUUUUCGGAAACAAGAUGAGUAAUGCUGGUUUGCUUGCUAUUCUCGAUGGCUGUCCUCUCCUUGAAUCUCUUGACAUACGUCAGUGUUUCAAUCUUAAUUUGGUAGGAAGUCUGGGGAAGAGAUGUAAAGAACAGAUUAAGUAUUUACGGCGACCAUAUGAUGCCACUGAUGACUAUCCAUUUCAAGCUGAAUUUCACUAUGGAUCACCAGAUGAAGAAUAUCCAGAUGGGAUCUCAGACAUAGAUUUUUUGUCUGACGAUGAUUUUGCCUAUUAUGAAUUUUCAGGUGGGAGUGAAUUUUCUGAAUAUGAUGGUUACGAGUAUGACUUUUGACAAAUGUGAAACAUUUCAGCAGCAUAGGAAAAAAUAUGCUGUGAAUAUCUUAGUCGGCACUCCUCGUUAUUUCUCUAUAACAUUGGGUUCAAAUGAAAUUCAGGAAAGACCAGUAUCCUCCUGUACUACGGAAUUGUGAUGCUCUUUUAAUGAAUUUGGUAGGCGGUGACAGCAUGACAGUCUUUUACAUUGGCAUUUAGCUGAUAAUCAUCUGGUACCUUAGUGAAGCACAUUCACUGUUUUGCAACUGUGUUUAUUUGGCUUUAUGUUUGAAAAUUUGAGAAUUAUGGUUUGCUCUGAACUUCUUAGGUUUGUAAAAUGCAGGUGGUAUUUUUCUUUUCUCAGACUAACCUAAUGUAAAAAUAAUAAGGAUUAGCAUUUUGAUGAAUUCGUGGUGAAA